GAGAGAGGGGGGGCUCUAGUAAAAGUUAUAGGCGGUAUCCCCAAAUUUUCCGGACCCUUCCAUCAUCUGCUUUUCCCCUCCUGCAAGCAGCCAAGCGAUCUUCUCCCACGUUCGACGACGACGACACCAUGAAACGCUCGGUCGAUGACCUCGGCGUCACUGCCGCAACCAAUAUCAAAAAACCCGUCUUCCUCACCAAAGCUCAACGCGAACAAUUAGCCCUUCAACGCCGCGAGGAAGAAGUAACCGAGCAAAAGCGACGGGCCGAACAACUACUCCAACAGCAGCAGCAGCAGCAGCAACAACAGAACCGCUCUAGGAAAUCUUCCGACCACUCUCCUAGCCGCGACAGCCGCCAACACCGCUCCCGCGACCGCGACCGCGACCGCAACCGAGAUCGUGACCGCGAACGUGAACGUGAACGCGAACGGGAGUCCGAGCGUCGCAACCGCGAGCGUGAACGCGAGGAAGAUAACAAAUCCCGUGAACGAGCACGAAUAGAAAAGCAGGCUGAAAGAGAACGAGAGAAGGAACUCGAAUCUAUUAAAGAACAGUAUCUGGGCACCAAAAAACCUAAGAAGCGGGUUAUCAAGCCAAGCGAGAAGUUUCGAUUUUCAUUCGAUUGGGAGAACACCGAGGACACCUCCCGCGACAUGAAUAUUCUUUACCAAAACCCUCACGAGGCUCAGCUAUUGUUUGGCAGAGGGUUUCGCGCCGGCAUGGACCGUCGUGAGCAGAAAAAGCUUGCUGCGAAGAAUGAGAAAGAAAUGCGAGAUGAAAUACGAAGAAAGGAGGGUCUGGAGGAGAAACCGGAGGAGGCCGCUGCGCAGCGUCUAAAAGAAGAGGCCGCAGAUCUAUAUGAUACUUUUGAUAUGAGGGUCGAUCGGCACUGGUCGGAGAAGAAGCUCGACGAGAUGACCGAGAGGGAUUGGAGAAUUUUCAGGGAAGAUUUCAAUAUUUCGUAUAAGGGGUCAAAGUUACCUCGUCCUAUGCGGAAUUGGGAAGAGAGCGGAUUGACUCUCGAACUCUUGAAGGCGGUGAAGAAGGCAGGCUACAAGAUGCCAUCUCCGAUCCAGAUGGCUGCCAUUCCGCUUGGUCUGCAACAGCGCGAUGUUAUUGGCAUUGCAGAGACAGGUUCGGGUAAGACUGCUGCAUUUGUUCUUCCUAUGUUGACUUACAUUUCUAGACUUCCCCCUAUGAACGAAGAGAAUGAGGCAGAAGGGCCCUAUGCUGUUGUCAUGGCACCCACUAGGGAACUUGCGCAACAGAUUGAAGAUGAAACUGUGAAAUUUGCGCAUUACUUGGGUAUUAAAGUGGUCUCUAUUGUUGGUGGACAGUCAAUUGAAGAGCAGGGUUUUAAAAUCAGGCAGGGAUGUGAGGUUGUAAUUGCAACACCGGGGCGUCUGAUUGACUGUUUGGAGAGGCGAUAUGCUGUUCUUAACCAGUGUAACUACGUAGUCCUUGAUGAGGCUGACAGAAUGAUCGAUAUGGGUUUUGAGCCACAAGUUGUGGGCGUCUUGGAUGCAAUGCCUUCUAGCAACCUAAAACCGGAGAAUGAAGAUGAAGAACUAGAUGAGAAGCGAAUUUACCGGACUACGUACAUGUUCAGUGCGACAAUGCCCCCGGCUGUGGAGCGUCUUGCAAGGAAGUACUUAAGGAACCCUGUUGUGGUCACCAUUGGUACUGCUGGAAAGGCUACUGAGCUCAUUACUCAGCAUGUGAUCAUGCUGAAGGAAUCGGAAAAAAUGCCAAGGUUGCGUAAGUUAUUAAAUGACCUUGGAGAUAAGACAGCAAUUGUGUUCAUUAAUACUAAGAAAUCUGCUGAUACACUUGCCAAGACUUUGGAUAAGGAGGGUUAUCGUGUAACCACAUUGCAUGGAGGGAAAUCACAAGAACAGCGUGAGAUCAGCCUUGAAGGAUUUAGGACAAAGCGGUUUAAUGUUCUUGUUGCCACAGAUGUAGCAGGGCGUGGAAUUGAUAUACCUGAUGUGGCUCAUGUUAUAAAUUAUGAUAUGCCAGGGAACAUUGAAAUGUACACACAUCGCAUUGGACGGACAGGGCGUGCAGGGAAGACUGGUGUGGCGACAACAUUCCUGACACUGCAUGACACUGAUGUGUUCUAUGAUCUGAAGCAGAUGCUUGUUCAGAGCAACAGCCCUGUUCCUCCUGAGCUAGCAAGACAUGAGGCUUCAAAAUUUAAGCCAGGAACAAUUCCUGACAGACCACCUAGACGGAAUGACACUGUUUUUGCUCAUUGAGGGUUUUGGGUUUUAGAAGACUCUUCUUGUUGAUGGCCCAGCCUAGAAUGCUGUAUUUGAUCCCAUUUUACUUGCUUGGACUUGAUGAUGCCUAUUCUGAUUACUGUUACAUAAUCAGGAAAAAAAAUUUGCUUUUUGAUGGGAAGAUAGGUAUCCAGGGUGUGAAAUUCUGAGAUCUGAAGGUACAUUGUUUCUUCAAAAGAAAAGUUUAGUGUUUUUUUUUUUUUUUCUUGUUUUCUUCUGAUGAAGAACAUUUCCUGUUGCAGUGAUCCAUAUAACCUAGUCAGAUGUCAUUUACUGUGUUUUUUAACCAGUUAUUUUGUUUUUUUUUUUUCUUUCACUUGGGCAGUUCUCUCUUUUUGCUUUUGCUGAUUUUGAUUGGAAGUUAAACGUUUUUUACUUGUUAUA